AUGUCUAGCUCGCUGUCAGCUGUGCGGCCCAACGGUCACACACGGCGGACCAGAAUUGUAUGCAUUGGCGACACCCACAAUCGCGCCGUCAAAUUGCCGGAGGGCGAUGUUUUGAUUCAUGCUGGCGAUCUCACGAACCAGGGGAGCUACUCCGAGCUUUCUAAAGCUGUUCAAUGGCUUGAAAAAACGAAUUUCGAAAAAAAGAUCGUGAUAGCGGGGAAUCACGAUAUUACCUUGGAUAAAGACUUCUAUACGAUACAUAGCCCGAGUUUCCAUAACCAAGAACAUCAAGACCCGGCCAAAUGCCUAUCCCUUUUUCAAUCGAGCCGCAGUCUCAUUUACCUCCAACAUGAGAGCGCAACCAUCAAGCUGACAAGUACUGAUGGCCCGGGCACCGAGUUCACCAUCUUCGGAUCCCCUUACAGCCCACAAUACGGGAACUGGGCCUUUAUGUACCCGCGCUCCCCGCAGGACCCGACGGCUCCGGAGGCGAAUGGUACAGAUGAUCGGGAAAAAGCCAACGCAGCAGAGCUCUGGUCCGCCAUCCCAACUGACAUCGACAUUCUAGUCACCCAUACGCCGGCGCUCUCGCACUGCGAUGACGAUUGCGGCUGCUGGGAACUACGCAACACCCUUGCUAAGGUCCGGCCACGGCUCCAUGUCUGCGGCCACGUCCACCAAGCGCGAGGUUCCCAGCGUGUGAGAUGGGAUAUCGGAACCGGAAACGGAGCCGCUGCCGAGCUGGCGGUGGAAAUGUGGGAAGACCCCAACCCCGAUCCGAGGUCGGCCAAGAUGAGUCUCGUGGAUCUCACGGCCCGGGGAGGGAAGCGCCCGCUGGAUUUUGACUUGGAAGAUCCAGGUCUCUCUUCCAAUUCCGCACCCGACCACACCUCGUCCCAGCCCCGGCUCGAGCCUCAACCCAAGGCCGGUGCUGAACCUCAGCCGGGGUCGUGUGACCCGACGGGGCGGGCCGGGAGUCCUAGCCUGGACCCCGGCCCUUCAGUGUGUGGAGAGCAGAGUAUAAAUCCGCUGGCUGAGGCAAACCGUGCGGGCCGACGAGAGACAUGUGUUGUCAACUGUGCCAUCAUGACCACAGGUUGGCCACAUAAGGGCGCGAAACAGCUCAACAAGCCGAUCGUCGUGGAUAUUGAUCUGCCCGUGUGGAGGAGGUAA